AGAAGACAAACAUGUCCAACUCAAUAAUUUUUGACCUCAGUGAUAUUGAGGACUUUACAGAUACUUUCACCUAUUUUCCAUCUUCUGAUGCAGCCCCGUGUAAGGAUCCGUGGACCCUCAAUAAAUAUGUAGUUGUUGUUAUUUACACCUUAGUUUUCCUACUCAAUGUAAUCGGCAACAGUCUUGUGAUUCUGGUAAUUUGCUACAAUAAGCUGAAGAGGUCGUCCACAGAUGUCUACCUCCUGAAUCUGGCCAUCGCUGACCUACUGUUUGCUGUAACUUUGCCUUUCUGGGCAGCUUACAAAGCCCAUGAAUGGGUGUUUGGGAUUCACAUGUGCAGAUUUGUUUCUAUAUUGCAAGAAGUUAACUUCUACAGUGGAAUUCUGCUGCUGGCUUGUAUAAGUGUGGACCGAUAUUUGGCUAUUGUCCAUGCCACUGAAACUGUAACACAGAAGAGGCAUUGGGUGAAAUACAUUUCCCUGACAAUUUGGAUAUUUUCAUUUGUUAUAUCAUUUCCCACCAUCUGGUUCAAAGAUGUAUUUCUGACACCAAAGAAUGGAGUUUUUUGCCAUGAGAACAUUGGACAUGAAAACACAGAGAGCUGGUUGGUCAUUUUAAAAAUUGGCAAACACUUGGUUGGGUUCUUCAUACCUUUGCUCAUCAUGCUCUUCUGCUAUGGUUUAACCAUUAAAACUCUUUUUCAGACCAAAAAUAAUCAGAAACACAGAGCCAUGAAGGUCAUCCUUGCAGUUGUUCUUGUGUUCCUUAUCUGCUGGCUUCCCUACAACAUCACCGUUAUUGUAGACUCUCUAAUGCGAACAAAAUAUAUCAACGAAACAUGCAAGAUGAGACAACAGUUGGGUAUUGCACUGCCUUUGACUGAAAUAAUUGGCUAUACCCACAGCUGUAUCAACCCGUUUCUCUACGCCUUCAUAGGCCAAAAGUUUCGAAACAGCUUCCUGAGGAUCCUGUCAAGUAAGGGCAUUAUCAGCAAAGAGGUUCUUUCCUAUUAUGGACGGGCCUCAUCUGUCAUGUCCACAUCUGGAAAUACGUCUACAACACUCUAGUAUUCUCGAUGGAUUAUAGAAUUUUAUUAUGGACCUUAGUUAACAGAUUUAUGGGGUUACAACAAGUGGACAAUUAAUGAUUCUGCUUAGUAAUUUUUACUUUUGAAUUUAACAUUACACUGUGUUCUAUAUUCUUUUCAGCUUAUGUUCUAAGAUGGGAACUUCAGUUUCAGAAGAUAUAUGUACUAAGCCAUGGGGAGUGAUAAAGUGUGGAGAGAUUAAAUAACAGCCAGUUAUGUCCUAAUUGCCAUGUUACAAGCCAUGUUUGAAAAAUAACAGAUAGGAACUGAUUGGUUGGUAGUUUAUCUCUUUCUAUCAUUCUCCAAGGCUUAAUACAUCUGCCACAUGGUAAUAUAAGUAAAGUAGCUAUGAGUAUGGUUCAUAUUUUAUUCAUUACUUAUUUAGAAAUGCCUGGCACAAAUUGCUAUAUCCUCCAUCUACAGCCUGAAAAGGAAAGACCACGUUUUUUUUUAUUACAUAAGCAAUAAUAGGAUUUGCAUAUUGUUGUCAUUAUCUUUUCUGUUACAAUAAAAAUUAUAUU